AUGGCGAAGGCCGUCUCUUCUUCUUUAGCAUUAGCUAGAUUUGUUGGGUUCCUAAUAUUUCAGAGAAUUCUCAUUUGGGUCUUUAGAUUUCAGAGGUUCUACUCAACUUCUCUUUCCCUUCUCCAAUCCAAACAUGACCUUGUAUUUGAACAAUCGAAGGGUUCAAAGGUUUGGGCUGAAAUGACAAACCAGAAUCAUGAACGGUCAGGAAGGUGGCUUUGUAGGGGAGAGGUGGAGAUGGUAAUGGAGAAUUUGGGGUUUUUUGUUAACAAAGAUGACGAAAAACUCCAGGUGGGAUUGGGUUUGGAAGAGCUUUCAGCCAUGUUUGAGGAGGAGCCCAGCAUAGAGGAGGUGAAGGAAGCGUUUGAUGUGUUUGAUGAGAACAAAGAUGGGUUCAUAGAUGCAAGGGAGUUGCAGAGAGUACUCUGUAGUUUGGGCUUUGCCGAAGGGUCAGGGGUGCAGGAUUGCAGAAAGAUGAUUAGAGCUUUCGACAUGAACGGAGAUGGGAAGAUAGAUUUUGGUGAGUUUGUGAGGUUUAUGGAAAAUAGCUUCUAAUGAACUUUUAUUCUUUUGUA